AUGGCGCCCAAGAAGAAGGGAAACAAGAGACAGGAGGAAGACUGGGAGGCCGAGCUUGGAGAGUCGGCCCCUGCCGCGGAGGCUCCCCCCGCCGAUGAGCCUCAGGACGGUGCCGCCGACGAAGAGCAGUCGGGUGGCGGUGGUUUGCUCGCCGCUCUGAGGAAGAACAAGACCAAGAAGGCCAAGAAGGGAAAGCCCGCCAAUGAUUUCGUCGAGGGCGAGGAUGCGGAUGCCGGUGAAGCCAACGGAGAUGCUGAUUUCGCCAGCAAGCAGCCCGAAGAGGGUACGUUCGACGACGAGGACGUCUUUGGCGGAAAGAAGGCCGAGAAGGCUGCUAAGGCCAAGGCUGCUGCUGCUGCCGCCGCUGCUGCCGCACCCGAAGAAGAAGGUGGCUUCCGCGUGAAGUCCAAGAAGGAAAAGGAGAAGGAGAAGAAGGAGAGAGAGAAGCAGCGAAAGAAGGAGCAGGCGGCCUCCAAGAAGAAGGCCGCGCCCGCUGCUGAACCGGCUAAACCCGCGCCUGCGAAGAAGGAUGCGCCCGCCGCUGCUGCUCCCGCUCCGGAGCCCGUUGCCCCGGAACCUGCUGGUGGCAAGAAGAAGAAGAUCCCUGCCCAUCUGGCCGCCAUCCAGAAGCAACAGGAAGCCCUCCGAAAGCAGCGUGAGGAAGAGGAACGGCUCCUAGCCCAAGAAAAGGCCGAAGCGGAGGAACGAGAGCGCCUCGAUGCCGAAGAAGAGAAAAAGAGAGAAGAAGCUCGUCAGCGCAAGAAGGAGAAGGAGAAGGAGAAGAAAGAGCAGUUGAGAAAGGAAGGCAAGCUCCUUACCAAGGCUCAGAGGGAAGCCAAGGAGCGCAAUGAAAUGCGUUUGAAGCAGAUGCUUGCGUCCGGUGUAGGCAAGGUCGCUGGUCUGGAGGACUCCCAAACCGAGAAGAAGAAGCCUGUUUAUGAAAACCGAAAGAAGAAGGGUGGCAAGAAGCAGGAAGAGGAUCUUGAGGCUGCCGCCGCUCGCGCCAAAGCUCAGCGUGAGGCCGAAGAUGAGCGCCGACGAAAGGAGGAAGAGGCCAAGGCGAAGGCUGAGGCUGAAGCUGCUGCUGCUACCGCCGGCGCGGAUGAAGAUGACGAGGUCGAUGACUGGGAGAAGGCCGCCGAUGCUGACGACGUGAAGGAUAGCUGGGAUGCCCCCUCCGACGAAGAAGAGGAGCCUAAGAAGGUCGAGGAGCCCGCCAACGGAAAGGACGAGGAACAGGAGGAUGAAGAGGAAUCUUCUUCCGAAGAGGACUCAUCCGACGACGACUCGGAAGACGAGCAGUCUGCAGCCCAGAAGGCCAUCGCUCAAAGGAAGGCCGAGGCUGCCGAGCGGAGAAAGAAGCAGCACGAGGAAGCCAUGGCAGCUCGGUCCAAGGACGACCUGCGAUCUCCCAUUUGCUGUAUUCUGGGUCACGUCGAUACGGGUAAGACGAAGCUGCUGGACAAGAUCCGACAGACCAACGUGCAGGAAGGCGAAGCCGGUGGUAUCACGCAACAGAUUGGUGCUACUUACUUCCCCGUCGAUGCUCUGCGCCAGAAGACCGCCGUGGUGAACAAGGACGGUAACUUCGAAUUCAAGAUCCCCGGUCUUCUCAUUAUCGAUACCCCCGGUCACGAGUCCUUCUCCAACCUACGGUCCCGAGGUUCGUCUCUCUGCAACAUCGCCAUUCUGGUCGUGGAUAUCAUGCACGGUCUUGAGCCGCAAACCCUCGAAUCCAUGAGAUUGCUCCGUGACCGUCGUACGCCUUUCAUCGUCGCCCUGAACAAGAUCGAUCGUCUUUACGGCUGGAAGAAGAUUGACAACAACGGCUUCCAGGAGAGUUUGGCCAUGCAGAACAAGGGUGUCCAGAAUGAAUUCCGUACCCGACUUGAGCGUACCAAGGUUCUCUUCGCCGAGCAAGGGUUCAACUCUGAGGUCUUUUACGAGAACAAGUCCAUGGCCCGUAAUGUGUCCCUGGUGCCCACCUCCGCCCACACCGGUGAGGGUAUUCCUGACAUGCUGCGGUUGUUGACUACCCUGACUCAGGAGCGUAUGACCAACUCGCUCAUGUACCUGUCGGAGGUCGAGUGUACCGUGCUUGAAGUUAAGGUGAUCGAGGGUCUCGGUACGACCAUUGACGUUGUCCUGUCGAACGGUAUCCUCCGCGAGGGUGACCGAAUCGUGCUGUGCGGUCUCAACGGGCCUAUAUCAACCAACAUCCGUGCCUUGCUCACGCCGGCGCCUCUUAAGGAACUGCGCCUGAAGUCGCAAUACGUCCACAACAAAGAGGUCAAGGCUGCUCUUGGUGUUAAGAUUGCCGCCAACGACCUCGAGCAGGCCAUUGCCGGUUCUCGGUUGAUGGUCGUCGGACCCGACGAUGACGAGGAAGAUAUCGAGGAGGAAGUCAUGUCCGAUCUGGAGAAUCUCCUUAGCAAGGUCUCCAGGGACCAGCGUGGUGUCAGCGUCCAGGCCUCGACCCUUGGUUCCUUGGAAGCCUUGCUGGAGUUCCUGCGCGUCUCGAAGAUUCCCGUUGCCAACAUCUCCAUCGGUCCCGUCUACAAGCGUGAUGUCAUGAUGGCAGGAACCAUGUUGGAGAAGGCCAAGGAGUAUGCCGUCAUGCUCUGCUUCGAUGUCAAGGUGGACAAGGAGGCCUACGCCUACGCCGAGGAAGUUGGCGUCAAGAUCUUCACCGCCGACAUCAUCUACCACCUGUUCGACGACUUCACCAAGCACAUGGCUGAUUUGACCGAGCAGCGUAAGGAGGAGAGCAAGCUGCUUGCCGUCUUCCCCUGCGUGCUCAAGCCCGUCGCCGUCUUCAACAAGAAGGAUCCCAUCGUCAUUGGUGUCGAUGUUUUGGAAGGCAGCCUUCGGAUGCACUCGCCUUUGGCGGCCGUCAAGACCAACGCGACUGGACAAAAGGAAAUCAUCGAAAUUGGUAGAGUGGUAUCUAUCGAGCGUGAUCACAAGCCAGUGGCUGUUGUCAAGCGAGGCCAGCCUUCCGUUGCCGUCAAGAUCGAAGGUCCCAAUCAGCCCAUGUACGGCCGUCACCUGGAAGAGAAGGAUCAGCUGUACUCCAAGAUCUCCCGUGCCAGUAUCGAUACGCUCAAGGAAUUCUACCGUUCGGAAGUGUCGAUGGAGGAAUGGGGUUUGGUCAAGAAGCUCAAGCCCGUCUUCGACAUUCCUUAA